CCCCUACUCGAGCACAAGCCAUCAUUCGUCCGGCGUUAUUUAAUUGGUGAGUACAUUUCCAAAAUUUCCACCAAGUGCGGAAUCAAAUCGGUUUUCUUUUCAAAAUUUAAAGUAUUCGGUAGUAAAGUCAAAAACAAGUGCAUGUACCUUGCGGUGGCGUUGAUCAUUGUUGUUGCGAGUUUGGUCAAACUGCACAUUCGGAAUGGGCCCCCAAGAAACUCUGGUUUUGGCGAUAAGCAUCGUCGGGGCAAUGGGGUUUAUCCCCCAUGGUUCUAUUGGGGAAAAGGAGCCUAUGCUAACCGAAGCUUUACUUCGUGAAGUGGUGGAGCGCAUGGGUAAGGAGUUCAACGAGGCGGCGUCAGGCUACCUGGAGUUCCCUUCGAGCGAGCGCCACUUGGCGCUUAUGGCCCGCGCCUCCAAGGACCUAGAGAAUGAGCAGCUGGACUACGACUCGCUGAUCAAUGGCGAUCCUAGCCCGAGCUUGCGCGACCAGGAGUAUCUGCAACAUAGCUCUCUCUGGGGUCACCAGUAUGUAACCGGCGGCGCUGGCGAGGGCCAGCAGCGGCUGCAGCCUUCGGGAUUGGUCCCCAACCGUCAGAUGGUCAAGACCGAUGCUGUACUGCCCGCCUACUGCAACCCGCCCAAUCCCUGCCCCGUCGGAUAUACUGAGGACCAAGGUUGUCUCAUCGAGUUCGAGAACACGGCGGCGUUCAGCCGCGAGUACCAGCUGUCGCAGCGCUGCAUGUGCGACGCGGAGCACAUGUUCGGAUGCCCCGAGCCCCAGUCCGACCUGGAGCUCAGGUUUCCUGAGCACAAGAACCUCGUCGCCAAGAAGUAUAAACCCGAUGUAGAAAACCCGUAUCUCACGGGCGAACGCCUUCCGAUCGCAGCCAAAAAAGGUUUCGAUGUGAAUUCUUAUUAAUAUACUUACUUAAUUGUUAAUUAUUAAAACAUCUUAGACGGGGCUUUAUACAGUUCCUAUCCGUUAGUUGAAACUCGGAUUAAAAGUGUUAUACUAA